AAAAAAAAAAACAGGGCAUGGCAGCGACGUCCAACAGAGACAGCGGUCAGGUGUAAUCUGCCUAGCUGGUUUUUGGAAGAAAGUCUCUUGGAAAGGAAGGGGGAUUGUCUGAAGCAUGGAUCAGAAACAUGUGACUAAGCAUGUAGAUGCUGGACAAGGGAUGGAUAAAUCCAACAAGCCCAUGAAGAUGAUAUUUAAUAAGCCUGGUCUAGUGAAAUCGGAAGCCUCUGAUCACAAAAUUAAUUUUGAGCACUUGAAGCCACUCUCAGUAUAUUCAAGAAUGAUAACUUGCGACAGUAAGACCAUUGUUCCUGAUUCAACGUUUUCCAACCCAUUUGUUAACUUGAAGAUUGAGGUGAUCAACGUUUCCUCUAGAAAGAGGAAAUCAGAUGAUCACACCUAUUGCACUCCCACAAAAAAGCCCUACAGUCCACAGGCUGUUUCCACUGACCUUGGAUGUCUAAAAGACUUAUGCACUCCUCCAAAACAAGGCCAAGACUCCACUCCAGCCAUUUCUAAGUCUGUCUUAUUAGAUGGACCCAAAGCCAUCAGAAGCCAAAAUAAAGAAGCUGUGAAAUCUCAGCUGGACUUGGAGCAUGUAACAAGUGGGCCUUCAGUGGGGUCAGGUGGUGAGGAGAGAAUGACUGCACAGCAAAACUUCAAGUCUACCCCAAAAACCUCAGCACCUUUGUUUGAAGAUGCCCCAUUAAACCUCAACCAUGCUUUUGACUUUGAUAUCGAAAGCAUCUUGUGUCUCAGCCCUAUUGGGACCAGGAGGUCUGGGGGAUUCACCAACUCUGUAGGAGAAGACCGUGAAUGUCCAAGCAGCAGCACAUUCCAAAAUGAGCCUGUCAGUAUUCAGAGUCCAGCACCAGGAAUCACUGAGGCAGGGGGAGAUGAGAAGAAGGAGGGGAGAGGCAAAGAGUUGAAAAGAGGAGAAGAUAUGAAUACUAAAGAAGAAGAGGGCGAUAGUGGUUAUUUUUCCUUGUCGUACAGACAGGCUCUUAAAGCAGGCAGGAAUCCCUCUGAGCCUGGGUCCCCUCUGCUGCCCCAGGUUACCUCUUGCUCCCUGGUCUGGAGAAAUAGAGAGGUGCUGGAGGGUGAGGGUGACAUCCCAGGCCCAGCUGAGCCUGAAUUCAAUAAGCAAGGUGUGGCUUGUCAUGAGUACAUAUCCUUGACCACGGAUGACCUUUCUUCUAUCACAAAUGGGUCACUGUUGGCUUCUGUGGGUGGUGCCACAGAGCGUUUGGAGGAUGAUGUUGAGGAGGCAUCGGCUCUCGGUGCCCCAAUAUUAGAGUCAUCAGUGUGCAACAGCAGUGGCACAGUGCAGCCCACUGGAGGUACUGUAAAAAGGAGAGUAGAAAAAAAGGAGGCGAAAGAAGAAGUGACCAAGUCAAUCCAUGAGUUCCAGGACAAGACACUAGCAGGGAAGGGGUUGGAAGGAAGAGGGACCAAGUCUGUCCUCAAGUGCCAGGACAGUGGAGCAAAGACCAGUCUGAAAUCCACCACCUCAACUGUCCAACAGGUUAAAUCGGUGGUGGUGCUUGGGAAGGCCCAAACUAAAUCAGCAGGCCCUUCCCAGAUGUCAAAGCCGAGUUCUGUAGCGCGGACAAUUCUCAAGAUUGGCAAAGGCAACAGGACUGGCAUGUGUCCAAGGCCACUGGUGUUUGCCCAGGAGGAGGACUGGCAGCAUGAAAAACAGAUGUAUGUGAAUUCCGUCAUCAGACAUAUGCAGGAGGACACGGGAACGGGUCAAGAUGGAAUGACUGAGGUCCUGAACCUGAUGAGACAUGUUACUGAGCAGGAAGCGGGACCUAAUGGCACACAGUGGCAACAUCCCUCCGAUUUCACUCGCAGGAACUACCAAAGACGUUUUGGAAACUUGAUUCCUACAAUCCCCCUUGCCGAAUGGCACACCCAGAACAGCAAGAGUUACAGGCGCUUUGUCAGCGUCCCAAAGAUUUUUCAGAGAAGUCCAGUUCCUUAAAUUGAAGAUGCAUGUGGAGUUCACUUAAGUGCUAUAUUCUAUGCAACCUCUUGUAUUCUGUAUGUUACUGUCUGUCUUCAAUUUCGACAAGUACUUGUUGAUUUGAACGUCGAAGCUUGAGCUUCUUUUUCUGAUAUGUUUCUAUUUGAGUGUUUGCACUAACGAGUGUUAAAAUGUGUGGAAUUUAAUGCAUGUUUUUCAAAGUUAAAUUAUAAGGUUCAUAAAAUUAUGCAUGUGAGCAAGCACUUUUUCCCAUCAUUGCUUUCGCACUUCAUAUGCCCUGAAUUUUUUUCUUUUUUAUAUAAAAUUUAGAAACUUGACCUGUUUGCCUGUUCUCUGUAAGUUUGCUACAAAUAUAUAAAUAAUUUUGUGCUUACAGAAUUUGUCUGCAAAAUGCAUAAUUACCCCUUGUGUGCUCUCUUCUUAGCACUGCACUUUUGAGCCAAUAAAAACUGAGCCCAGGGCUUUCUUCAUC